UCGCAACUGUUAUAUAAAACACAAUGAAUCCUCUAGCUCGAGACAUCUAGUUUCAUCUUGAAACAGCUCAAUCCAUAAUCAAAUAUGUCCAUAAUUCCAGUUCUCUUUCUUGUUUGUAUCCUCAUCUUGCAACUGUCAUCAGCAAAUGCAAAAGAUCUUUCCUUAGAAACAUAUAUUGUACAUGUUGAUGUACCAGAUAGUCAGCUUCUGUCUGAACAAUCCCAAGAUCUAGAGAGCUGGUAUGGAUCGUUCUUGCCGACGACACCAGCGAGCUCAACAGAAACACCCCGGAUGGUUUAUUCCUACCGCAAUGCGUUUUCAGGGUUCGCGGCUAGGUUAACAUCCGAGGAAGUGAAAGCAAUGCAAGGAAAGAAGGGAUUUAUAUCUGCUAGGCCACAGCAGGUAUUGCAGUUGCACACGACUCACACGCCUAAUUUCCUCGGUUUACACCAAAAUGCAGGACUUUGGAAAGACUCCAACUAUGGGAAAGGCAUAGUUAUUGGGAUUUUGGACACUGGAAUAUUUCCUGAUCAUCCUUCUUUCAGUGAUGAAGGGAUGCCUCCCCCACCAGCUAAAUGGAAGGGGGCGUGCGAAUUCAAUUUCACAGCCUGCAAUAAGAAGAUCAUCGGAGCAAGACACUUCGAAACAGGAGAUGGAACUCCUCGAGAUCACGAAGGCCAUGGCACUCAUGCAGCAAGCACGGCUGCAGGUAAUUUCGUGAGAGGCGCCAAUGUAUUUGGCAAUGCCAAUGGCACAGCGGUUGGCAUAGCGCCUCUCGCUCACUUGGCCAUCUACAAAGUCUGCUCACUUGACUGCCUGGAGAGUGACAUAUUGGCGGCAAUAGAUACAGCCAUUGAAGACGGGGUGGAUAUCCUGUCAAUCUCCUUUGGUGGUUAUCCCAGGGAAUUUCACGACGACAACAUCGCACUCGGUGCAUUUAGCGCAAUGCAGAAGGGAAUUUUUGUGAGCUGCUCUGCUGGAAAUAACGGACCUUAUACUCUUUCGUUAUCGAAUGAAGCCCCCUGGAUUCUCACUGUUGGUGCUAGCACAAUUGACAGAACCUUAAGGGCAACUGCCGUGCUAGGCAGCAAACUAGAACUCAAUGGUGAAUCCGCAUUUCAGCCCAAGGCUUUGCCCCAGGCACAACUGCCCCUUGUUUACCCUGGAAUCAUCGGGAGUGAUUUUUCCUCGAACUAUUGCGAUCAGGAGUCAUUGAAUAGAACUGGUGUAGAAGGAAAGAUAGUUUUAUGUUACAUUGACAAGAGAACUACCAAAAUUGAACAGGGACGCAAGGUGAAAGACGCAGGUGGCGCCGGCAUGAUCCUCAUGAACUUCGAGGAAGAGGGCUUUACUACAUCUGCAGACGCUCAUGUUAUUCCUGCUACCAACAUCAACUACGAAAACGGACAAAAGAUCAUGGCCUACAUGAACUCAACAUCUGCUCCAACAGCAGCAAUUGUGUUCAAAGGAACUAUAAUUGGCGAUAAAAGAGCUCCAACAGUGGCCUCAUUUUCUUCCAGGGGCCCCGGCUUUAUUAGAAGUGGAAUUGUCAAACCAGAUAUUAUAGGCCCUGGUGUCAACAUUCUUGCAGCAUGGCCUAAUUCUGUCGAAAACAAAACAAAUUCAAGAAACACGUUCAACUUAAUUUCUGGCACUUCAGUGUCAUGCCCUCACCUGAGUGGGGUAGCAGCACUGAUCAAGAGUGCGCACCCUGGUUGGUCUCCGGCUGCCAUCAAAUCAGCUAUAAUGACUACUGCCGAUACAGUCAAUCUUAAAAACCAGCCGAUACAGGACGAGAAGCAUCUCCCUGCUGAUAUUUUCGCCGCAGGUGCAGGCCAUGUCAAUGCUGCAAAGGCGAGCGAUCCAGGUCUCAUUUAUGACAUUGAGCCUCAAGACUACAUCGCAUACUUGUGCGGCAUGAACUAAACGAGCCGCGAGGUAACCAAAAUCUUUCUAAGAAAAGUGAAUUGCUCGGAAGUAACCCUGAUUCCUGGAGGGCAGCUGAAUUAUCCUUCAUUUGCUGUCAGGUUUGGAUCAUCUGAUCAGACAUUUACAAGGACAGUGACAAAUGUUGGGGAGGAUAAUUCGAGUUACACCGUUGAGGUUGUCUCACCACAAGGCUUAAAUACGACAGUGAAUCCACGGACGCUUAAUUUCUCAAAGGUGAACCAGAAGUUGACAUAUGAAGUCAGUUUUAGUGUACCAGUAAAUGGUGGUGAUGUUAGUGUUUUACAGGGAUAUGUUGUCUGGAAAUCGGCUAAGCAUUCAGUGAGGAGUCCAGUUGUUGCAUAUUACUUUUGAGGGGGGUAUAAAGCAAUUUAACCCCAUGUUAUCAAAAAAAUCAAAAA